AUGGGAUUCUGCGUCUGCCAGCUGCAGCCAAUCCAAGGGCCAGCAGCUCCUCAACCUCAGCAGCGCCUCCAGGAGCAGUGGGCAUUGUUGGUUCUGCAGCCAGUCCUGAAUGGCAAAAGUGAAGGAGGACUUGAACUGGAGCUAAUUGUAUGGGGACCGCCAGCACAGUCAAGUUACCAGAGGAAUCAGGGGCUCCUCAUUGAGGACAAAAAACCUUAUUUAAAAAUGCAUUCUAAACUGGCACAGGAUGCAAUGUUCAACUUCAAAACUGAAGAAAGCUCCUCAGAAGUAAUGGAAAAGCAGUUUAAUCCAGAGUCAGCUUUAAAAGUGUUGCAACAGCAUCUUGUAUCAUUUGAUGCCCUCCGCCAGCAGACUUUGCAGAAAGCCAGCUCGGUUCAGUCAGAGAUAAAUGAGAUAUUCAACAGUAGGGAAUUGGAUACAAACAGUCAUCAGUUCAGGCCAUUUCAGCAGUCUCCCACCUGUAAUCAUGAAGAUGCUCAGCUAUCGAAGGUGCAGUGUUUAGACAAAAUUCCAUUCACAAUUUCUUUGGGCUGGGGCAGUCCAGGAGUUUCUUCUCCAAGUUCCAGUAUAGAACAUAGUACAUCUAUUGAUAAGACUGAUCUGAUGGAUGAAAUUCAUGUUAAUAAGAUGAAUGAAGGCUUAAUUCAAAAUGACAACUCACUUCUCUUAUCUUCGGAAGAUAAUUCAGCAUCUCUGCUGUCAGUAAGCUUACUUGAAGAACACCCAUUAGAAAACAAAACCCUUCAGCACAUGAGCAAUCAAACUGUUUAUAAAACAUCUUUUCCAGUCUGUGGUUCAGGUUUCCCAUGUCAUUCUGCAGCACUGUCAACCAACUCAAAUUUAAACUCCUCUCUGACCUCAAAAGCUGUGGAUGGUCACGACAGAAGCGAGGUACAUUUACUGCAAUAUAACAAUGAAAGUCGGGCAAUAUUAGAGAAAAUCUGUAUUGCCAGUGAACAGAUGAAGCUACACCCGGAAAGAUCACAGAAUUGGGAGUUGAUCCUUAAUUGUGAACUUAAGCGCCUUCAAAGUAUUGCUCAGCUUAUGGAUAAAGAAACUGCUUUAAGGUCUACCCAAACCCCUCACGAGCUAUCGCUUUUCCUUGGAAGUUUAAAUCUGCAAAUCAAAGUAGACAUUAAAGAGAAGACCUUGGAACUGGAAACUCUAGUAACUAGGUUACAGAGUGUAAUGGAGGGUUGCAAGGUAGAUCUUCACAGGCAACUGGGGAAAGGAAAUGGUUUUAAUGGCCCACAUUAUGGAAACCACUGGACCGAAACUGAAAAUAAUGCAGUGAUUUAUGACAACCAAAUGGAAGAGAGAAUAAAUGAAUUUAUUUUUCUUCAGGAAACACCCGAGAGUAUUUCAAGUCAUGAAUCAACUUUAGAAAGGGCCAGCCUUGUUUGUCAUAUGGAGAAGCAAAAGGGUUAUUCAAAUAAAAUGGUAGUGGAAAAGAUGGAUGAGAUUAGUGCUCCUGCAGAUGGAUAUGCCUCCUGGCUUCCUUUAUCAGAAUAUCGCAAUCGUUUGAUAAAUGGAUUGAAGCUAAAGGAUGAGAAAUCAGAUAUUCAGUCAGUAACUGGCAAACUCACAACUUUUGAUUCUGUCCUGCAGGAAAAUUCGGAAUAUAAAAGCUUAGUUUCUAAGUUGGCAGAAGAAAAAAGAACACUCCAGGCUCAAUUUAAUGAAAUGGAGGGGAAAAGGAAGAUUUGCAUUGAAGAGUUCAACUCAUUACUUAGGAGGCAUGAGGAUCUCCAGAGGCAAAACAGAGAACUUGAAGCAGAAAGACAGCAAUUAAUCACUGAAAAGGAAAGCUUUAUAAGAUUGGUAGAUAAGAUGACGGAGGAAAAAGAAGACCUACUCACUGUCAUUGAUGCAAAAGAAACAGUUUUGCAGUUAGAGAAGACAAAGGAAGCAGUUCAGGCUGUUAAUGCAAAUUCAUUGCAGUUUGAGAAUCUGCAAAUGAAUCAAAGUUUAAAUGAAUUAAAAAAAGAGACAAUUUUCUUGAGAAAUGAAUUGGAAAAGACGAGUUGUGAAAUGCAAUGUACAAAAGCAAAGUAUGCGGUCAUGAGGACAAAGAAUCUGAUGCUUUUCCAACUUGUUCAGGAAGUUAAAAACAAGAAUUACAAACUGGAAAAGUCCUUGAAAAAUUCAGUUCCUACAAACAAGUAUCUGCAGAAAAAUGUUGAUGAAGUAAAAAUGGAAAAGUCAACUAUGAAGGACGGAUCCCUGAAUGAGAUGGAACAAGUAAAUCAUGGGAAGAAGUUGACUGAAAGUUGCUCAAGUGAUCUUGUCAAGAAAUGUGAAAUGAUGUCAAAGGUUGUGGAGAUACUUACUGAGGAGAAUCAGAUUCUCAACCAGGAUCUUGAAAAAUACAUAAAAGCCAACUUACAGCUGGAGUGCAUUGUGAGAAUGCUGAAUGAAGAAUGGCGACUGUGGGGAAAACAGUCAUGGAGCACGGAGCAGGAAAUGAAUUUCUUGCAUCCAGAAAUGGGGAAAGUACAUACGUCUUAUCUAAGCGAUGUUGACAAUUCUGUUCAAUUUUCUCACCAAAGAAAGGAAGAUGAGAUAACUUUCAGUUGGUGA